AUGAGUGAGAUGGUCAAGCUUGCUGGCACUGUAGAAGAUGCCAACAAGAUGUCAAGAGCUUCGGAUCAGAGCAAACCUUGGGCUGAGACUUUGCGACUUCUGCCACGAAGUUCCUUACCGCAAAGGUCACUGCGUACGCCACCUAUGCUUGAAUACAACGCCAGGAAGGAUGCUGAGGCUAAGCAGCAGCACAAGAAGGUUAUGGCAAGAUUUGCCGCUCUCAAGUAUUUGGGCAAAGAGCACAACGAAAUCGAUGUCGACGAGCUUAUGGGCAGCUCUAGCAAACAAUGUAAGAAUGACAUUUGGAGAUCAUGGCCUUGCUCGAUACGGGGUUGCACCCAUUCCCUUGUCAAUAAAAAUUUCGUUGUCACCAAUAACUUUGAGAUUACUCCUACUGAUGGUUCAAUCCAUUUAGCAGCCGAUGGUUUGACAGUGCCUAGAACAGGCUCCAUCAAAGAUGUGAAUGUCGAGUACUCUGAUAAAAAUUUUCUCAUUCGUUCGAGGCGCGAUAGCACUGUCAUUGAUCCCGAGCCUUAUGAACCCAACAACUCACCAGCAGGCACGAAUGAGCAGAGAGAUGCUUUCUUUUAA